AGGGGCGGGGCAGGGAGCCGAGUGACUGAAGCGGCGCUGGGAGCGGCGGUCGGACGCCGGCGGAGCCGCGGAGCAGGAAGAAGAUGAGCCUGAAGUCCGAACGCAGGGGAAUUCAUGUGGAUCAAUCUGAGCUCCUGUGCAAGAAAGGAUGCGGUUACUACGGGAACCCUGCCUGGCAGGGUUUCUGCUCCAAGUGCUGGAGGGAGGAGUACCACAAGGCCCGGCAGAGGCAGAUCCAAGAGGACUGGGAACUGGCAGAACGACUUCAGCGGGAGGAGGAAGAGGCCUUCGCAAGCAGCCAGAGCAGCCAAGGCGCCCAGCCCCUCACCUUCUCCAAGUUCGAGGAGAAGAAGACCAAUGAGAAAACCCGAAAAGUCACCACAGUGAAGAAGUUCUUCAGCGCCUCUUCCAGGGCUGGAUCCAAGAAGGAAAUUCAGGAAGCCAAAGCUCCCAGUCCCUCCGCAAACCGGCAAACCAGCAUUGAGACGGACCGAGUGACUAAGGAGUUCAUAGACUUUCUCAAGACCUUCCACAAGACGGGCCAAGAAGUCUAUAAACAGACGAAGAUGUUUUUGGAAGCAAUGCCUUAUAAAAGGGAUUUAAGCAUCGAGGAACAGUCAGAGUGUACUCAGGACUUUUACCAAAAUGUGGCUGAAAGAAUGCAGACCCGUGGGAAAGUGCCUCCAGAGAAAGUGGAGAAGAUAAUGGAUCAGAUCGAAAAGCACAUCAUGACGCGUCUCUAUAAGUUUGUGUUCUGCCCAGAGACUACUGAUGAUGAGAAGAAAGAUCUCGCCAUUCAAAAAAGAAUCAGGGCCCUGCACUGGGUAACGCCUCAGAUGCUCUGUGUCCCUGUCAAUGAGGAAAUCCCUGAAGUGUCCGACAUGGUGGUGAAAGCGAUCACAGACAUCAUUGAGAUGGACUCAAAGCGUGUGCCUCGGGACAAGCUGGCCUGCAUCACCAGGUGCAGCAAGCACAUCUUCAAUGCCAUCAAGAUCACCAAGAAUGAACCAGCCUCUGCCGAUGACUUCCUGCCCACCCUGAUCUACAUCGUCCUGAAGGGCAACCCCCCUCGCCUGCAGUCCAACAUCCAGUACAUCACUCGCUUCUGCAACCCCAGCCGGCUCAUGACGGGCGAGGAUGGCUACUACUUCACCAACCUGUGCUGUGCUGUGGCUUUCAUUGAGAAAUUAGACGCCCAGUCUUUGAAUUUAAGUCAGGAGGAUUUUGACCGGUACAUGUCUGGCCAGACAUCCCCCAGGAAGCAGGAGUCUGAGAGCUGGCCCCCGGAGGCCUGCUUAGGUGUGAAGCAAAUGUAUAAGAACUUGGACCUCCUGUCUCAGUUGAAUGAACGGCAAGAAAGGAUCAUGAACGAAGCCAAGAAACUUGAAAAAGACUUAAUAGACUGGACAGACGGGAUUGCCAAGGAAGUUCAAGACAUUGUUGAGAAAUACCCACUGGAGAUUAAGCCCCCGAACCAACCCUUAGCAGCCAUCGACUCUGAGAAUGUGGAGAACGACAAGCUCCCUCCCCCUCUGCAGCCUCAGGUGUACGCAGGGUGAUGGCUCUGUUUAUUUGGGGCUGAUUUCUGGGAGCUGCUGUGUUCCACUGUUCAGGUCCGGAAUAUGAACUGAUUGCUUAAAAUUUCAAAGUAUUUUUAAGGUACAGAUUUAGGAAUUGGUUAUUUUCUUUUUUCUUUUCCUAGCUGGGGAAGCUUAGUAAAUAAUAAUGUACUAUUUAUUUGAGCUGGUGGAGUAGGUUUGUGUGAAUUCUGUGUCGUUCUUUUAUGUCCUCCCUGAUUUCCCAUGGGCUUCCUCUGUGUAGACACUGUUGUUGGUUUUGGGUAAACACUGCCUUUUAAAGGAUAAAACAGAUGCUAUAAAGUCUAUGUUGAAAUGAAUUCUAUGUUCCCACACUCUCCCAGUGUGAAAUAAUUUUGUAAUUGUAAAGAUAGAAGAUAAUGUUAAUAAGUAAAUAUGUAAAAUUGUAAAUAUGUAAAAAAAACACAUAGGGCUGGGGAGGGGUGUCUCGGCGUGCAUGGCAUUUCAUGAGCUGAUUUUUUUUUUUUUUUAGGUGAAAAUGAAACAAACAAAAUGAAUGUUUGCCUUUAGCGCCAUUUUAUAUGGUUUGUCCCACUAAAAAGAAUCUAAAGAAUUUGAGCUUUAACAGGACAUAGGCACUAACUGCCCUAACUCGAGGUUCUUUCUGGCACAUGUGAAGAAGUUGUAACGCCAACUUUUAGGUCACAUACAGAAUUAUUCUGGGACCCUGGGGCGGUGGCUCAGUCAGUAAAGUGCUCUCCACACCGAUGUGAGGACCUGAGCUCCCUGUCCGGCCCCGGGUGAAAAGCCGGGCAUGGUGACACUCACUUGGGACAGCUCUGCUGGGAGCCAGAGAUGGCCAGGUUCCUGGGGCAGGGGGCAUCGCUGUCAGUGAGACACCCCGUGUAAGCAAACAAAUCAAGAUGGACGGCUCCUGAGAAAUGACAGCCAAGGAUGCUCUCUGGCCUCCACAUGGCCACAUAUGUGCCUGUGUACCUCUACAUACAUGUGUAGCACACACACAUGAACACACAGUUGCUGAUUAGUACAGUUGACUUGGAACUGUGCUUGCAGCUUCCUUUCCCUGUUUAUCCAAUAAACUUCCCCCACAGUGCUGUGGGGCUAUUGCCUUUUUUAUCUGA